UGCUGGGGCGGGGAAUGUCGGACUCGGAGAGCGCCGCGUGACGCACUUCCUCCCAGGGCUGGCGACCGAAUUGCUUUGUGGCGGGUUCGAGUCCCGCCUUCUGACUCUCACUUCUAGACCCUGAAUUUUGGAUAGGGUGCGUUCGCCCGAGAGCCUCUCAACUAGGGCCGAAGACAUCCCUUGGUCUUCACCAUGGAGGACUACCUGCAGGGUUGUCGAGCCGCUCUGCAGGAGUCUCGGCCUCUGCACGUGGUACUAGGAAAUGAAGCCUGUGACUUGGACUCCAUGGUGUCGGCUCUCACCUUGGCUUUUUAUCUGACAAAGACAACGGAAGCUGAGGAAGUCUUUAUACCAGUUUUAAAUAUAAAACGUUCUGAGCUACCUCUGCGAGGUGACAAUGUCUUCUUCCUUCAGAGGGUUCAUAUUCCAGAGACCCUGUUGAUUUUCCGGGAUGAGAUUGACCUUGAUGCAUUGCACCAGGCUGGCUUGCUCACCCUCAUUCUGGUCGACCAUCAUGUCUUACCCAAAAGUGACGCAGCUUUGGAGGAGGCAGUAGCAGAAGUGAUUGACCAUCGACCCAUUGAUCAGAAACAUUGUCCUCCCUGCCAUGUUUCGGUUGAGCUGGUGGGGUCCUGUGCCACUCUGGUGACCGAGAGGAUCCUGCAGGGGGCACCAGAGAUCCUGGAUAGAGAGACUGCAGCCCUCCUGCAUGGAACCAUCAUUCUGGACUGUGUCAACAUGGACCUUAAAAUUGGAAAGGCAACCCUAAAGGACAAGAAGUAUGUGGAAAAGCUGGAGAGCCUCUUCCCAGAUCUGCCGGACAGAGAUGAGAUCUUUGAUUGCUUACAAAAGGCAAAGUUUGAUGUAUCAGGCUUGACCACUGAGCAAAUGCUGAGAAAGGACCAGAAGGUUGUCUACAGACAAGGCAUCAAGGUGGCCGUUAGUGCAGUAUAUAUGGAUCUGGUGGCCUUCCUGCAGAGGCCUGACCUCCUCACAGACCUUGGCACUUUCUGCCAGGCUCACAGCUGCGAUGCCCUGGUUACGAUGACCAUCUUUUUCAACACUCACAAUGAGCCAGUGCGGCAGUUGGCUGUUUUCUGUCCCCAUGUGGCACUUCGAAUGAUGAUCUGUGGAGCCCUGGAACACUCCCACUCCCCGGUGCUGAAGCUGACUCCUCUCCCAACCACUCACUCUGACCUCCAAGCCUAUCUUCAAGGCAACACCCAAGUCUCUCGAAAGAAACUUCUGCCUCUGCUCCAGGAAGCCCUGUCAGCAUAUUCUGACUCAGGGACGAUUCCAGCAGGGCAGCCUGAGACAGUGGGAGUGUCCACAGAGCAGGGGGACAAGGGAUCGGACAGGGCAGGUAACUCCCUGACUCCCGGACUGAGUCAAGAUGAAGAUGACCCCCCACUGCCUCCUACACCCAUGAACAGCUUGGUGGAUGAGUGCCCUCUGGACCAGGGGCUGCCCAAGCUCUCAGCUGAGGCCGUCUUUGAGAAGUGCAGUCAGAUCUCACUGUCGCAGUCUCCCACUGCUGCCUGGUCAAAGAAAUGACUCUUGGGACGGGACAGGGCACAGGAGAGUUUGCUUGACCCACUUCAAUUGCAUGUUUUGAGACAUUCGGAGAUUUCGGCUAUUGGUGUACAGUACUGUCUUCAUGCAACUGGGGGUGAAGGAAGGGCAAGAAAGCAGCUGCUGGAUUAGUGACUUUUUUUGGGGGGGUAGGGUACCGGGAUCGAACUCACGACUUUGUGCUUGCCAGGCAGAUGCUGUUAUGCCCCUGAGCUAAAUCCCCAGCCCACGAAAGCAGCUGCUGAAAGAAUGGCUUUCUGCCUUUGCCUCCAGUCUCUUACCAAUCAGACAGAUGUUAUUACUUAAUUUUAUUAUUUAAAUCUGUACUGACUUUUCUCUGUUUCGUUUGUCAGGGGGCACAGUGUAAUGCAAUACACCCACAGUCCCAGCAGAGUGGGAAAAAGAAUGUAACCCCAAAAGUGUCCUCAGUAAGGAUCUUGAAUAGAUCAAUAUUCGUCAUGGAACCAGUCAUUGAUAGUGUCUUCUAGUUCAUUUCUUCUUUUACUUAUUAAGUAUUUAUUAAAUACCUAUUUCAAACUGGAUAGAAGGAGGAUACACUUUAGAAACUCUCACUCUAGUUUUCAGCCUUCAGCAGAUUUUCAGGUUUCUAACUCUUCUUCCUGGCAGGGCUUGUUUGGGAACAGACUGAAGGCCAUUAACCAUCCGUCCCAAUCAGCUUUCUGUUUCUUUGGGUUCCUCAGUCCCAGUGUCACAGGAACCCUGAGGGGACCCUGAAGACCCCUAGUUCUUGAGAGUUGAGUUCUCUUCCUAAAAGGAAUGAGAAUCCUGAGUUUGUCCCCUGCCAUAGCAGGUCAGUGACUUUCUUAUCCAUUUCUUUCUGUUUGGUUGUAUUAAAAGGAAGCACAAGUUCUUAUACCAAUGGCCAUAACCUGUGUGUAUUCUGGCAAGACAUUGGUGUGUCUAGGUCUCAUUAUCCUCAUCUGUAGAACAGGGUUUGGAUUAGAUGUUCUCUUGUAUGCUGUGAUCUGCCUAUUGCUGUCUUUUCUCUCUUCAGUUUGUCUGCAUCUUUUGUUUGUUUCCCAGGAAUGCUCAGGGUCGCUGAAUUGUCAGUGUUUUUGUGUGAUUGUACCAAGGGUGUAAGUCUUGUGUAGCAUGUACCACAGUGACCCUGCAGAAAGCACCCCCACUUGUUCUGCAUGUGUAGUCUCCCUUCCUCCUUCAGGCCAGCCCAGCCUGCUCUUCCUGCCCCUUCUUAUUUCCCAACAAUUUCACUGAACAGUGAGGUAUUUGAUGGUUUCAGUAUGACAUCUUCCAGGGUGACGGGGACAAUCUGACUUCACUGUAAGGGGAUAUGCCUGUAGCCAUUUGAAGGUAAAACUAGUGGUGUGAUCACUGAACCAAAGGAAUUUAUGUUUUGUAACUUGGGUACUUUAUUUUGUAUUUUGUUGAAGUAUUAAAUACUUUUUCCUGUU